AUGAGGUGUUUCCAGCAACCACUUAAAAAGUCCCCCGAGCGCUGGAAGUACUCCCUUUUAACUUUUGUCCCCAAAUUCUUAUUUGAACAGUUCCGGAAGUAUGCCAACAUAUUUUUUCUUCUCGUCGCUCUCUUUCAGCAAAUACCAGGUGUAUCCCCGACUGGUCGAUUCACUACUGUGGUUCCUUUGUCCUUCAUUUUAUGCGUUUCAGCGGUGAAAGAAAUAAUCGAGGAUUACGUAUGUUUAAACACUAAUUAUUUUAUUAUUCUGCGAAACGGAUCCUGGGAGAGAACUCUGUGGAAGGAUGUUCAAGUUGGAGACUUUGUUAAAUUGACCAGCAACUGCCCUAUACCUGCGGAUCUUGUUAUAAUCGCCACAAGCGAGCCAAUGUCUAUAUGCUACAUUGAAACCUCCAAUCUGGACGGUGAGACCGCUCUAAAACUUCGUCAGGCGAGUGAUACUCACUUGUUCGACAAUUUUUUACAGGGCAUACCACCCACUUCGGGCCUACUAACCGCCGAGGCCCUCAGGAAAGCAAGACUGCGAAUUGAGUGUGAGCAGCCCACAAGAUGCUUGGAGGAGUUUGUGGGUACCCUAUAUGAUGAAAACAAUACGGGUUAUCCCUUGGACAGUAACCAGAUGCUAUUGCGUGGUGCCACGGUGAAAAAUACGAAUUGGGUUUUCGGAGCCGUAGUCUACACAGGAAAAGAGACUAAAGUUAUGCUCAAUUCAACGGCUGCCCCACUGAAGCGAUCCUCUGUCGACAAACAGACCAAUUACUAUAUUCUAGUGCUCUUCGGAUUGCUAACUUUUCUGACGAUCUUCAUGGUCAUUGCUAAUGUUAUAUGGACAAAAACAGUUGGUAAAAACAUGUGGUACCUCACUGGAGUCGAACUGUCUGUUAAAAGUGCUGGAUUCAUGUGCAUCACCGCAUUCAUCAUCUUCCACACCAUCAUUCCAAUCAGCCUCCAAGUGACUCUCGAAGUAGUGCGCUUUGUCCAGGCCCUCUUUAUCAAUUGGGAUUUGGACAUGUACGAUGCGAAAACGGAUACCCCAGCAAUGGCUAGAACGUCAAAUCUCAACGAGGACUUAGGCCAAGUUAAGUACAUGUUCUCCGACAAGACGGGCACCCUCACAAAAAACGUGAUGGAAUUCAAAAUGUGUUCCAUCGGCCGAGACGCUUACGGAUUGGAAGACCAGGAAGCGUCUGCACUGCAGGAUUGGAGACUUCGGAUGAAACUCCUGGAGCGGGACCGCGAUGUGGACUGGUUUUUCACCAUCCUUGCGGUGUGUCAUACGGUCAUCCCGGAGUACGUUGAUAUUGACAUUGAUCGCGACGAUGUCCGUUAUCAGGCGACUUCACCAGAUGAGCGGGCACUUGUGAUGGCUGCAAAGGCAGUGGGCUACGUUUUCUGUGAACGAGAGCCCGAUUCGGUCACAAUUCGAGUGAAAGGCGAGGACAUUCAGUUUAAGCUCCUCCACGUCAUCGAAUUUACCAGCGAACGGAAGCGGAUGAGCGUCAUUGUUGAGGAUGCAGACGGGAAAAUAUUUCUCAUGGUCAAGGGAGCCGACACCGUCAUCUACGAACGCUUGGCAAGUGAUGCUCUUUACAGGGAGGAGACCUUGUCUCAUAUGGAUGAGUUUGCAAGCCUUGGCCUGCGAACUCUGUGCAUAGCUUUCCGUCGUCUAGAUCGCGCCUUUUACGAAGAAUGGGCAUUGAGUUACUACAAGGCAAGCAUCUCAGUCACCAAUCGGAAUGCCCUAUUGGACGAGGUCUGCGAGCUGAUUGAACAGGACUUGCAGCUGGUAGGCGCGACAGCUAUCGAGGAUAAGCUGCAGGACGAAGUACCUCAGACCAUUGCCAACAUACUGGCCGCGGGAAUCUCCAUCUGGGUGCUCACGGGCGACAAACAGGAGACGGCUGUCAAUAUCGGCAUUUCUUGCCGUCUCGUAAACCCGGAGCAGGUCCAGCUGAUCAUCAAUGGCAGCAACUUGGAUGCUGUUCGGGACCAGCUCUUCGAGUGUGGCAACGAGUUGGCAAAGGAACUUGCUGAGGGCCACGAGGUUGCUCUCAUUGUUACAGGCAAGGCUCUGGAAUUACUUCUCACGGCUCAAUGCCAUAAAGAAUUCUUCGAAAUCGCGCACAAGAGCUCAUCAGUUAUCUGCUGCCGAGUGAGCCCGUGGCAGAAAGCGGAAGUGGUUAGAUUGGCACGAACCUUCACCAAUGACAUCACGCUUGCAAUUGGCGACGGAGCGAACGAUGUCGGUAUGAUUCAGGCGGCGCACAUUGGAGUGGGCAUCUACGGAGUGGAAGGUCGUCAAGCGGCAUGCUCCUCCGACUACGCUAUUGCGCAAUUUCGCUUCCUCAACAAACUUCUUCUGGUCCAUGGGGCUUGGAGUUUCAACCGCAUCACCAAGGUAAUCCUUUACUCCUUCUACAAGAACAUCUGUCUCUACGUCAUCCAGUUCUGGUUCGGCAUGGUCUCCGGCUUCUCGGGACAGAUAAUCUUUGAUCGGUGGAGCAUGGCCCUCUACAAUGUGGCCUUCAGCGCGGCACCUCCACUGGCUCUCGGGUUGUUUGAGCGAAAUAUGAGUGCUAAGAAUUGUCUGAAACUGCCGAUGUUAUACAAGGAGACGCAAAGAACCACCACUUUUGACAAAGUGACUUUCCUCACGUGGCUGGCGAAUGGGGUCUUCCAUUCAGCUAUCCUCUUUUGGAUUCCUCUUUUCGCUUUCUAUUCCGAUGUCGCCUAUCCAAAUGGUCACACAGGUAGUCGUCUUGUCGUGGGUAGCACUGUAUAUACGUGCGUGGUGAUGACGGUCUGUCUGAAAGCGGGCCUCGAGCAUACAGCAUGGACAGUCUUCUCCCACCUCGCCAUUUGGGGCACUAUUGUGCUGUGGUUCCUUUUCCUCAUCGUCUAUUCUCAUGUUUAUCCUACUUUUCCAAUUGGUCCCGAGAUGGUCGGAAUGGAUAUGGCGUGUUUCAGCAGUCCACUCUUUUGGUUACUUCUUAUUGUUGUUCCCGUUAUCGCACUGACUCGGGAUUUUGCUUGGAAAGUACUUCGACGAACCUACUCUGUAACGAUGCGUGAGCAGGUUAUGCUCUGCGAACAGAAUGGUGUCGAGCCAGAGCCGUUUAUGCAGAUGUUUAAGCCCCACAGAACUCGAGGCCUACGACUAUUCCGGCACCAGCCUUUCGUUCCCAUCGCCUCAGAUGCGCCAAGUCUUCUUAGCCAGCCCCCGGAUCACGGAUACGCAUUCAGUCAGGUGGAGCGUGGCCGACUAACCCAAACGGACAUCGUGCGAGCAUGCCAUUCGACGGAGACCAAACCGACUGGCAUCUAA